AUGGGGAUCAAGGACAACCGCAUGAUGAUGCGCGGUCCGCAGCGGGCCCCCCGAACCGUCAUCGACCGCGCAUUGGUCAUUCUCGUCGCGCUGAUGUGGAUCGCGGUGGCGCUGACGUGGCAAGCGGCUCGCUGGAACAUCCAGAAAGCGCAAAAGGAAGCUUCCAACCCAGACCAGCGCGCGCAGGCGCAGAAGGGCGACUGGUGGGAGGAAUCCAUGGCUGGAAAGCAGAAGGCGAAAGAAAUGGCAGCGGCGAAAGCAGCAGCAGCUAAGGAAGCUGGAUACGACAGCCAGAUUACGAUCGGCAGGAGUGGAAGGGAGUACGGUGGGGUUAGCAGCGGUGAGGGGGGUUCGCGGUAUGCUGCGCGCGCAACCGUGGGCGGGGAUUUGGGGGACCGGCUGUCGCUCGGGGGGGAUGAGUUGGAAGAUUACGCACGCCAGGAUGUUGCUGUAGUGGAUAACACUAAACGGAGACGGAUGAAAGCUAGGUUUGACACGAGCGGUAUCAAGGGGUUGGAGGAGGUGAGGGAGGAGGUUAAGGGGCGGCAUCUGGUGUUUGCAUUUGAGGAGGAAGUGAGCAGUGAUGACGUGGCGCCUGCUACUGUUAUCAGCAGGGCGGAGCAGCAUCCGGUGUUUGCAUUUGAGGAGGAAGUGAGCAGUGAUGACGUGGCACAUGCGUCUGUUAUCAACAGUGCAGGAGCGGCAUUGAAAGACCUAGACCAUCCCCCUCACAUGCCCCCUCCCUGCCUCAUCAGAGCGAGAGUUGCCGCCAACCCAGCUGCCUUCCUCCCUCUGUACCUGAUGGUCUUGCCUCCACUCCCACUCACACCCGUUGCCCUGCCUCCCAGCCUAGAGCAUCCUUCCUCACGUCCCCCCUCCCUGCCUCAUCAGAGCGAGCGUUGCUGCCAGCCUAGCUGCCUUCCUUCCUCGGUACCUGAAGGGCAGAGCUGGGUGCAUCUGACCUUUGAGGCGCCUCAAGAGUUGCCCUGCCUCCACCUUUGGUCCCUCCUACAGGGGCAGAGCUGGGUGCAUCUGACCUUUGAGGCGCCUCAAGAGUUGCCCUGCCUCCACCUUUGGUCCCUCCUACAGGGGCAGAGCUGGGUGCAUCUGACCUUUGAGGCGCCUCAAGAGUUGCCCUGCCUCCACCUUUGGUCCCUCCUACAGGGGCAGAGCUGGGUGCAUCUGCUGCUGCUGUGCCUGUAA